GUUCUCUUGUAUUAGCAACGUACACAGUGGAAAUACGAAGCUGUUCCGUAUGCGGAAUAUAUACGGCUGCUCAUCGUAAUUGUGGACUGUGCCACUGGAGUCCUGGUCUGUGGACACACGGCCAAUUGAAGGACAUUUAUACUGAUCUUCCAGAGGCUCCGAGGCAGCCCUCACACUUUCUCAAUCAUCCCAUCAUCCUCUGAGUACUCUCGAUCUGAACCCAUGGCACCUCGUUAUUCCAAAAAGUUGAAAUUUAACAAGAAUCAAUAUUUCACUCCCGACGGCUCACGCCGCGAAUGGACUUGCAACAUUUGCAUCCCAAGGUGCCCCAAUCAAUUCCAUUUCACAACUAUGCAAGCCGCAGUUCGACAUGAGAAUACAUCUCCCGAACACGCGCAACACAUUUCCGAUGUAGAGUGGUGGCAACCACGGGACGAUGACGGCUGGGGAACCCUCGAACAGCCUCCGCUAACUUCCGAUGGCCUACGCACAUGGGAGAUGCAAACGCACGUGGAUCAUGUGUAUGAUCUAGUGCCGUUCUGGAUCCGCGGGGUGGAUGCUGCUGAGAGGGGUGAGGUGCUAAGGAUGGAGGAAUUCCUGCAGAUGAUGGAGGAGAAUGGCGGAUGGCGGACCUCUGAUGAGGUUUGGGGGAUGUUGGGAGCUUUGAGGAAGCCGAAUCAUGAAGAGGGGAGCGAUGGAUGGGGGCGUAAAGAUGAUGUGCCUAUUCCCAGGGCUGCCACCGUGACCGGUACGGACUUGACAUCGGGCGACCAGGAUAAAGGCUGGGGCGUUACGGAGGAAUGGGCGGUUCCCCCUACCAAUACUAGUAGCUCUUCUUCCCACCAGAGACGAGAUCUCGGCGGUACGCAUCCUUUUGUAGAUGACAUCGCUCUUCAGGAAGCGGCAGGUGAAGAUAGGCGCCGAAGGAUGAACCACUUUUUUGAAAUGCCGACGGAACAGAAGGUGCUGAAGAUUCAGGAGAUGAUCCGUUACCUUCGCGCCCAUCCUGCCUAGCAGUCGCUGCCUUAAUACGCCGCUUCUCGUUGUUGUUAACAUGCCCUCAUCGUUCGCCCACUCGUUGAUAUAAAGUCUUGGGAGCGAGCUCUUUCAAGUUGACCCUUGCUCGGAGCGAAGUCAAGUUGUCAAACCAAGGGCUACUAGUGGUUCAUAAAACAAUGGUAUUCCCGUACGUAAAUAAGAGACAUUGGUAAGUGUAUGGAUGCGAAAGUAACGAUGUGAUGUCGCGGAUCUAUGCAAUGUAUUGAUACAGUAGUAGA